UCCUGCUUCGCCAGGGAAAAUUGCACAAAACAGCCCAAUGCAUCAGCACUUUCAUUGUGUAGUGAGCUGAGCCUCUCUUCACAUGGUCACAUCCCCCUUUUAAUCUACGACUCCAUGUCCCUUUUCCAGUCCAGCCUAUUUCUCUGAUGUCUAUUGCUGGUCUCCCUGAGCUCCUGUUUCUGUGAUUUGAGUGUUUUUUGUGUGGCUUGGUGUGUUAAGACCUGCAGGACUUUAGGAAGUGGAGGUUUUAUUUGUGGGUUAGACAGUACGUGGACUUAGUGUUAGUGGUUUGUGACAGACAGAAGUGAUGGCUGCGUUUAAGUUGGAUUUCCUCCCAGAGAUGAUGGUGGACCAUUGUUCCUUGAAUGCCAGUCCUGUCUCAAAGAAAAUGAAUGGCACACUGGAUCACCCAGAUCAACCUGACCUAGAUGCCAUCAAGAUGUUUGUGGGGCAGGUUCCACGGAGCUGGUGUGAGAAGGAUCUGAGAGAACUCUUUGAACAGUAUGGUGCUGUCUACGAAAUUAACGUCCUGAGGGACAGGAGCCAAAACCCUCCUCAGAGCAAAGGGUGCUGUUUUGUUACAUUUUAUACCCGUAAAGCUGCACUAGAAGCACAGAAUGCUCUCCACAACAUGAAGAUCCUCCCAGGGAUGCACCAUCCCAUCCAGAUGAAACCAGCUGAUAGUGAAAAAAAUAAUGCAGUGGAAGAUAGAAAGCUGUUUAUUGGGAUGAUCUCCAAGAAGUGCAAUGAAAAUGACAUCCGGGUGAUGUUCUCCUCCUUUGGGCAGAUUGAGGAAUGCAGGAUAUUACGGGGCCCAGAUGGCCUGAGCCGAGGUUGUGCAUUUGUGACUUUUACAACAAGAGCCAUGGCACAAACAGCAAUCAAAGCAAUGCACCAAGCACAGACCAUGGAGGGUUGCUCUUCUCCCAUCGUGGUGAAAUUUGCAGAUACGCAGAAGGACAAAGAGCAGAAACGUAUUGCUCAGCAACUCCAGCAGCAGAUGCAACAGAUAAGCGCUGCCUCUGUAUGGGGAAACCUGGCUGGUCUGAACACACUUGGACCCCAAUACUUAGCACUUUAUUUGCAGCUCCUUCAGCAGACAGCAGCUGCCUCAUCUGGGAACCUGAACACAUUGAGCAGUCUCCACCCAAUGGGAGGGUUGAAUGCGAUGCAGUUACAGAACCUGGCUGCAUUAGCAGCUGCAGCCAGUGCAGCUCAGAACUCACCGAGUGGCACUGCUGCACUCACUUCUUCCAGCAGUCCCCUAAGUGUGCUCACCAGUUCAGGUUCCUCACCUAGCUCGAGUAGCAGCUCCUCUGUUAACCCAAUGGCCUCUCUUGGAGCGCUGCAGACGUUAGCAGGUGCUACAGCAGGCCUCAAUGUCAGCUCUUUAGCAGGGAUGGCAGCCUUAAAUGGUGGACUUGGCAGCGGUGGCCUUUCAAAUGGCACGGGUAGCACAAUGGAGGCCCUUACUCAGGCGUACUCUGGGAUUCAGCAAUAUGCUGCUGCCGCAUUGCCCACUCUCUACAACCAGAGUCUGUUAACACAACAGAGUAUUGGUGCAGCAGGAAGUCAAAAAGAAGAGGGAGCCAAUCUGUUCAUCUACCACCUCCCCCAGGAGUUUGGGGACCAGGACCUGCUGCAGAUGUUCAUGCCAUUUGGGAAUGUCGUCUCCGCCAAGGUUUUCAUUGACAAGCAGACCAAUCUAAGCAAGUGUUUUGGUUUUGUAAGUUACGACAAUCCUGUCUCUGCACAGGCUGCCAUCCAGUCAAUGAACGGCUUUCAAAUUGGCAUGAAGCGUCUGAAAGUGCAGCUCAAGCGCUCUAAGAAUGACAGCAAGCCAUACUGAGCGCCCCUCCCCUUUGGGACUGGAGGGAGAAGGAUCUUCUGAUUCCUGCCGUUUGUUCAUCGUUGUGCCUAAAGCAUGUCGAUGUGGCGUUCAAGUACAUCGUCCAAAUCCUUGUCUCUUCAGCUUCUCUGAUGCUUGAACUCUCACCUUUGACCUUGUGUUGACCUUUGAUGCUGAUGUGUAUUUUUAUUACGUUUGUUUCUUUCUUUGUUUUUGGUUUGUUUUGGUUUAUUUUUUUUUUUUUGUGUGUGUGUGCUGCCAAAUUGGUUUUGCUAGAAAGACUGCUGAAGGAGAAUAUUUAAACUUGCAUUUGAAUAUAAAAAAAAAUUCUAUUUUUCUAGAACUUCGUAAGAUAACCACUUGAUUUUGUGAUUCUGACUCUUUGUAAUUGUCUUCAGAGCAGCCUUGCUAGCAUACCGCGUGGAGUAUUUGUAUUUCUGUGAACAUACAGCCAGUCACUUUCUCGGCUUAGUUUUUUCUGUGUGCUUAGUUUUAAAAACAAAAAUCUGAAGAAAAAAGUCAAUUGAAUGAUGCGACUUAGCCUUUCAGGAGGCUUUUGGUCACAUUUUGCUGAAAUGGUUUCUGUGCUUGAGGAAAUAGCUUGUAUUUUUAUGAGUUCAAACUCUGACUUGAGUGGCAUCAGCAUAAAACACUUGAACUAUAUUUUCUCCUGAUUGUAGCGGCAUUUUUGCCCUGGCACUUACUGUUUUUUCCUUUCCUGUGUAGUUAUCAGCCUUUGUCUGCAGUGAAAAUUUGAUCAAAGUUGAUGUUGUAUUUUGUUAAACCCCAGCAUGCUUGUUUUGUUUUUGUUUUGUUUUUGUAACUACAAUCUCUUCAGCAAAAUGUGAUUGUUUUAGUUUUAUUCUUCCAAACUCAGAUAGUGCAUGUUUCCUGCUGUUUUCUUCACACCCUCGAAUAUAUCACCUUCACCUCUCUGUUUUCUAUAGUUUGUGCAAAAACUGAGCAAUUUACUGGGUUUCAAAGGUAUCCUUUUAAAUUGGUGUUUUUUGGUGUGACAAAUUUCUGAUCAGAUGUCACCUGAGGCAUCUACCUGUGCACUUAGACUGUCUGCCUGACACAGCAUCUGGGCCUUGUUCCAUCUCUACAGCUAUCAGAGGCUCCCAGGAGGAGGGUUGGUUGCAUUGUUUUUGUAGGAGUUUUGGUAGACCAGGGUAGAUGGGAAGCAGGUAAGUGAGGGAUCGUUGCAGUAAAUCUGCUUUUAAAAUCCUAGGGAACUGGGGCUCCCUUCAUACAUUCUUAAAUUUUAUUUUAUAUAAUUUGGGGCAUAAUUUUUGUGAGGUUCAGCCCCAGUUAUUUAUUUAAAUUUAUUUAGAUGGUGGAGGGUGGCUUAGUGGCUCUAGGUUAGCACUGGCAGUAGAGUGUUCAGAAUAUCCCAGAGAAGGCCUUCAUAAGCCUGGUCAUGCAACUGCUGGCUCUUACCCCAAAUGACAAGCACAAUACAACAGCUUCUUACGCUGUUACCUGAACAGGGUACCAACCCCAGCUUCUCCUCUCAGGGGCCUUAGCUGGGGAAUCUCUAUAGAGUUAUUUUUUUUUUUUUUUUUUAAGUUUUUGUUUAGUCUUUAAUUGGGUAAAGAGUCAAGCAGUUUCUGUUCCUGCCCUGCAGUACAGGCUACUAUUCUAAGGGCAGCUGGCUUCCCCUGGUCCUACAAAACCAUCUGCUGUGAGACUGCAUGGCUAGAAACUGGCACUUGGAAGCACCUGCAAGACUAUGGCUAUGGGGAGACCCUAGUCACUAAGGGAGGUGAGUUGGUGAAGGACCCCAGAGUGGGAAAAGAAUAUGAGGUAAAAUCCUAGGGGGAGAGAGGUUGGAAAGUGGGAAGGAUGUGAGACUGAUCUCCUGGCUGUGUAGGUUACCCUGUGCUUGGGGUGGUGAAAAGGGAACAAGACGAUUUAUUCUUUCCCCUCCCAGAGUUGGCUGGGGAUUUCACUACUUCUCAAUACAUGUUAUUUUUGGCUGUGAUUUAUAGAUCUGGGACUUGGGAGAUGAGGCUGUGUGAAAAGAAGGUGGAGAUUCAUUUUGAGAUAGGAUUGUGAGAUGACUGCUGUUAGCCCCACAGUCUGAAUGCAUCAGGCCGUCUGUCAGUUGGGGCGCUGAGACACCGCAGUGUAUUGAGUAAUUUUGCCAAUACAUUUCUAUACAAUGUGCAUUCAGUUCCAUGAGGAACUCUGGGGAAACCUGUGGAAAAAUCUCUGGAGAAAACCAAAAUGCCAAACGUUGGAUGUUCCUUUCCUUUCCUUCCUUUUCUCCCUUUGGUUGUUUUAAUUGUUCUGUGGUGGUUUUAAUGGAUUUGAGACAGUGGAGCAGCAGCUGCCUUUCUGAUUUUUGGCUGCUUUUUGUGAAUAAUUUAAAAAAGAAAAUUUACAUUUUGGAGACAAACCUGUGGGCUUUUUUAUUGGUACAAACGUAUUUAACACUAGGGGUUUUGUACAGUUUUUUGCCUUUUCUACUAGAAAACAAUGUAAAGUGAUUCACAAUGUGACAAGAAAACAAUUUGCCACUAUGACCAAAUGUAGAGUCUGUUCUGCAGUAACAGGAUUUAAUCAACUCAGAGUCGUGAUUCAGUUGUAGAAAUGCUUUUCUUUACCUUGUUUGAGCUGUUCCUUUUCUUGUUUUGAUUUGCAAAACAAAAUGUCUUCUUGUGUGAAAUUGUGUUGUACUCUGUAGAAAAUUAUGGAUUUUACUUUAAUGGUUUAAAAGCAGAGGAGCACAUGUUGCUUUUCUGAUCUGAUCGCGGAGUUUGUGUAGUGGAUUUAAAAAUGAAAAGAUUUGUUACAAGUUUGGAACGAGCGAGUAUGUGUUAAAGGAAUUUUCUUCCUUCGUGUGUUGUUGUUUUUUUUUUUUUUCUUUUUGUCCCGAUGGGGAACUUAAAGCUGUUUUAAUUGCACAGACACACCAACAAGUCAUUUUGUAUAUGCCAAGUGUGGUACCUUCCUUUGUUUAUUUGCUAUUAAACUGUUUGAGAAGA